GAGUAAUGUAUUAUGGCUUUCUUCUUACCACUUCCCCACUGAAGAAACUGAGAAGCAGUACGAUGUGUUCGUUAAUUUUGAGGUGAAGAUUGUCCGGGAUGUAUUUCUCAGUCACCUCAUAAAGCUUUGACGUCAAAAUGAAAUAGUUGCUUUUUGUGGAUGAAAAACUUGACAGGGGGUGAAAAGACAUCUCUUCAUCUCUUGGGCAAUAAUUUGAUAAUCAUAUUCUCAGUGGUCCAUUUUCUCGAAAAUUAUGCAUAUUCUCCCUGGUGUUUGGAUGAGCUUGUGAAGAUACUUGAGUGCAACAAAACAAUGGAGCAGAUGGUCUUACCAGUUUUUUACCGAGUAAAUCCAAGCCAUGUUCAAAAUCUGACAGGGAAAUUUGGGGAUGCCAUAGCUAAGCAUAGAGAAGAACCGGAUUAUUUGCACAAGGUUGAUAGUUGGUGCCAAGCCCUUAGAGAAAUUUCAGAAAUGUCAGGAUUGGUUUCACAAAAGAUUAAGUCUGACUCCAAGUUAAUUGAGGAAAUUGUCAUCUAUACUUUGAAGAAACUAAAUAUUGUGUAUCCAAGUGGUGCUUAUGAUGAUGGGUUAGUUGGAAUUGAUUCACGAGUCAAGAUUGUCGAGUCAUUGUUAUGCCUUGGGUCGCCAGAUGUACGAGUUGUAGGAAUUUGGGGGAUGGGCGGUAUCGGCAAAACAACCAUUGCUAGACAAGUGUUUGAUAGAAUUUCCAUUGCUAGACAAGUGUUUGAUAGAAUUUCUGCUCAUUUUACAAGCCGAUGUUUUGUUGCAAAUGUUAAGGAAAGAUUAGAAAAGUGCACAUUGUGUGAUGUAGAAAAGGAAAUUCUUUCUGAUCUAUUAGAGGCAGAAAAUUCAAGUAAUCGUAGUACGUUGUCCCUUUUCAAUAGACGUAGGCUCUCAAGAAAAAAAGUUCUCAUAGUUCUUGAUGAUGUGGAUGAUUUAGUGCAGCAAGUAGAACUUUUAAUCGGAAAGCAUGCUGAUUAUGGUCAAGGGAGUAGAAUAAUUAUGACAAGCAGAGAUAGACAAUUGCUUGACAAGCAAGAUAGACAAUUGCUUAAGAACUGUGGUGCCACAAUAUAUGAAGUUGAGAAAUUAAAUGAAAGUGAAGCUCUCUGCCUGUUUUGCAAGCAUGCCUUAAAGCAAAAAUUUCCAAGAACAGGAUAUUUUGAGUUGUCCAAUAUGGCCAUUGAUCAUGCUCAGGGCAUUCCAUUGGCUCUCAAAGUUUUAGGUUCCAAUUUGUAUGGCAAGAGUGAAGAAGUAUGGGUAGAUGAAUUGGAACAAUUAAAAGGUGUAUUUGAUGAAAAAAUCAAGCAUAUAUUGAGAAUAAGUUAUGAUGGACUACGUGAGAAUGAAAAGGAAAUCUUUCUCGCUAUUGCAUGCAUGUUUAAAGGAGAAGAUUUUAAAAGGAGAAGAUAA